UUAGCAUGCAAUAAGAGAGUCCACGGAUCGCACGGCUCGGGAGUGGGGACGCUCCGAACCCACCCCCUUCGAUCUCCGCUCGGAACCACUCGCCGACAAGGUUACACAAGGACUCCUCCCCUGUUUCUCGAGCUGCGUGAUUGGUCGCUUGAGGGUUCUAACAAUGGUGGGCGCGUUUGAGCUGUGUCAUUUGUAGCUGAAGCGUAGAAUUGAGGAGGGAGAUGAGGGCUAGUGUGGCAGCUACGCCGCCGCGGCGGCGGGGAUGGUGGUGGUGGCGCCGCCCUUUCCACGCUCGCUUCCUUUUUGUGCUCCUGCUGCUCGAUUUCAGCUGGUUGGGUGGGUUCCGAUCCGAAUCUCAGUCGCUUCCGCAGGAAGAAGUGGAAGCACUACGGGAAAUAGCAAUCAAGCUUAAGAAGAAGGAUUGGAACUUCAAUGUGGAUCCAUGCAGUGGGUCUGGAGGGUGGGUCAACACUACUGGACUUCUAAUUAGCAAUGUUACGUGUGACUGCUCCUUCGAUAACUACACCACCUGUCAUGUUAUUAGCUUGCAGCUAAUGCGGGAGAAUCUUACUGGAGUGCUACCGGAAGAAAUAGUCAACCUUACUUACUUAAGAUAUCUCGAUCUAUCCCGGAACUAUCUCAAAGGCCCGAUUCCUGCUGCAUGGGCAAGCCUUCCUGUGUUCAAUCUGUCCCUCCAAGGAAAUCAACUCUCUGGAAAAAUACCCAAGGAGCUUGGGAGGAUGCCGGUGCUGAAAUCAAUACAACUAGAAAAUAAUCAGCUUGAAGGACCUAUUCCACCAGAGCUUGGUAACAUACUCAGCUUAGAGAGAUUUUUCAUUUCUGCAAAUAACAUCACAGGAGAGUUGCCCUCGACAUUUGCUAAGCUGACUAAUUUGACAGAUUUUCGAAUUGAUGGAACCAGUAUCUCAGGAAAAAUUCCCAGCUUCAUACAGAAUUGGAGACGAGUUAACAGAAUAGACAUGCAAGGCACUUCAAUGAGUGGGCCUAUUCCUUCAGAAAUCUCUUUGUUGAGAAACUUAACUGAACUGAGGGUUUCUGAUUUGAUUGCACCAAGCAUGACAUUUCCUCCCUUACAGAAUGCAGUGCACCUUACAGAAUUGGUCCUAAGGAAUUGCUUAAUAUACGGUGAAAUUCCUCCAUAUCUUGGGGAGAUGAAGUAUCUAAAAGUCUUGGACCUGAGCUUCAACAGUUUGACUGGUCAAAUCCCGCAAAACUUUGAACAGCUGGGUGCAUUAGAAUAUAUGUACCUUACUAAUAACAUGCUAACUGGAGAUAUUCCUGAUUGGAUGCUGAGAAAUAAGGCAAGCAACAAAGUAAACAUGGACAUAUCUUACAAUAAUUUUACAGGCUCCCCUCCAACAGAUUGCCAACAAGCAAAUGUAAACAUGGUGGCCACCUUUUCAUCUUCAAAUAACAAUUUACAACCAACAUGCUUGAGAAGAAACCUUCCAUGCCCUAACAAAUCAAAGUAUUGGUCCUUGUUCAUUAAUUGUGGUGGGAAAAGGGUGGUCGUUGACGGAAAUGAAUAUGAAGACGACUCAUCUCAGAUAGGUACAUCAACAUAUCUUCUUUCUGAAAGCGGAAGAUGGGCUUAUAGCAGUACAGGGGACUUUGUGGGAGAUGAAGAUGCUGACUAUAUUGCUAGAAACGCAUCGAAACUAAACAUGACUCAUCCAGAGCUAUAUACUGAAGCCCGCCUCUCUCCUCUCUCACUAAAAUAUUAUGGGCUUUGCUUAGAAAAUGGUGAAUACUCUGUGCAUCUUCAUUUUGCUGAGAUCGUGUUCACAGCAGAUCAAACCUUUACCAGCAAUGGAAAACGUGUGUUUGAUGUCCUGAUACAGGGAAAUAAGGUUUUGAAGGAUUUCAAUAUUGAAGAUGUGGUUGGUGGUCCUGAUCGCAAACUCAUAAUGAACUUUACUGCCAAUGUAACAGAUAAUACUUUAGAAAUCCACUUUUACUGGGCUGGGAAAGGUACCACAGCUAUCCCUGAGCGGGGUGUAUAUGGGCCUCUGAUCUCAGCCAUAUCUGUUACUAGAUCACAUCACCAUAAGGGAAUCCCUCUUGGAGUAAUUAUUGGUAUCAUAACAGCAUUGUUCUUGUUGGUGCUACUUCUUGUGCUAUGUUUCUGUACCAAAGAUUUCUGGCGAGGAAAGAACUUCAAAAAAAAGUGGAUAACAGGAUUUAAUGAUCAUUUUUCUGAGCUUGAAGCACGAGCACAAUAUCUUUUCAGUCUAAAAGAGAUUGAAGCUGCCACCAAGAACUUCGACCCCUUAAACAAGAUAGGUGAGGGUGGUUUCGGACCAGUAUACAAGGGUAUACUGGCUGAUGGGACUGUAGUAGCUGUCAAGCAACUCUCAUCCAAAUCAAGGCAAGGAAAUCGCGAAUUUUUAAAUGAAAUAGGCAUUAUUUCUGCCGUACGACACCCAAAUCUCGUAAGACUUUUUGGAUGUUGUAUCGAAGAGGAUCAGCUGCUGCUCAUAUAUGAAUUCAUGGAAAACAAUAGCCUUGGUCGUGCAUUAUUUGGUCGCAUGGAACAUCAAUUGAAACUUAAGUGGCCAACAAGGUUCAAGAUUUGCCUAGGAAUAGCAAGGGGUCUGGCUUAUCUCCAUGAAGAAUCGGCUCUGAGAAUCGUUCAUAGAGAUAUCAAGGCGUCCAAUAUUCUUCUUGAUAAAAACCUCAAUCCUAAAAUAUCUGAUUUCGGUUUGGCUAAGCUUAAUGAGGAGUGUGCCCACAUGAGCUCCCGAAUUGCCGGAACUGUUGGAUAUAUGGCUCCUGAAUAUGCUACAAGGGGUUGCUUAACGCAUAAAGCAGAUGUUUACAGUUUUGGAGUGGUGGCAUUGGAGAUAGUCAGCGGAAAGAUCAACACUAAUUGCAUUCAGAAUGACGAGUUCGUCCAUCUACUUGAUUGGGCUGAGACCCUAGAGAAGCAAGAUGGGCUUCUCGAUAUGGUUGACCCAGCCCUAGGUUCUGAUUACUCAAAGGACGAGGCAUUAAGAACACUACAGGUUGCUCUUCUUUGUACCAAAACAUCUCCUAUCCUAAGGCCCACUAUGUCCUCUGUGGUGAGCAUGCUUUCUGGUCAAACCCCUGUCGAAGUUGCACAAAAUAGUGAUUUAAGCGAAUGUUCGAGGAUCAGCGGCUCCAAGAACAGCCGAAGGCGUGGCGAUUCGGGAUAUGGGCCAUCAUCUGAUUCAUCAGUCUCCCUAUACAACUAUCAAGAAAUUUCCAACGCUCCAUCAACAAGUGUUUCUUCCGUUGAUGUGAUUUACUCCACUUGACUUCUGCAUCAGUCACCUCAGAUAAGAUCUCUUCCCAAAACUUUUGGUUUUGAAGCAUCCGAACAUUUGAACGAGAAGAUGUGCAGAAGACAAGUACAACUUACCGCUGUCAAGCUGUCCAGUUCACGACGUUACGGAGUCAAAGUGUACAUUGCAGAAUUAUUUAGAUAUUUUACAGUGAGGUGCUUCUCAAAUAUACUAUUUCAAUGAUCUAAACUGUUCUGUGCUCCACGAUGUUGGUCUUCUAUCCUUUUCAUAACGGUUGUGUCAACUACAAAAUGAGUUUAUUAAUUGUUGUAAGUACUAGGUGUUUAGCUCGUCAAUUACGAGAUCGUCGAUAUUUUGUAGGAAGUAUUCAACUAGGUGCAGAUUAUAUAUUGUAUUUUGCUCUAACCUGUUAUACUGGAAUUUAUCUAAGCUCAUUGUAUUUAUCUGUUCCAUACUACAUGUGACUUCGUUC